UGCACUGGUAAAUGGUCGUCGGUUGCGAUCGGUCGCGGGCAGAAAAGCGGCAGCGGGAUGGAGCGCUGGGCGAAAAAAGUGGCAGUGGUGACCGGGGCCUCGUCGGGCAUAGGCUUGGCCACGGCCAAGGCUCUCGUUCGCAACGGCCUCACGGUCGUGGGCUUGGCUCGCAACGGCGCCCGCAUGAAGGACAGAAGCAACGAUAUACGUGAACGAACGGUUGCAGGAGGCCAUGAAAGGCGUGAAAGGCCCUGGCCAAUUUCACGCGAAAGAAUGCGACAUCACGCAGGAGGAAAGCGUUGUCGAGACUUUGAAUUGGGCUUACAAACGCUUCGGCUCGCUCAACGUUCUGAUAAACAAUGCCGGCAGUAUGACUUACCAAACAAUAGAAGACUCGCCCACAUCAGACCUGGAGAGUGUUAUCAAAGUGAACCUGAUGGGGCUGCUAUACGCAACCAAACGAGCAACCACACUGAUGAAGGACACUCAAGAAGACGCUCACAUUGUCAACGUGAAUAGUGCUUACGGCCACAGCGUUCCACCUUGUUAUCCAAAUAUGUCAUUCAACGUCUAUGCCGCUGCCAAAUUUGCCGUCAGGGCUUUAUCGGAAACCCUAAAACAUGAAUUAGCAGGCUCCAAAAUACGAGUCACUG